GGCCCCAGGAAGAGAUAAACCGCCCGAUGACUUUAUGACCCGCUCCCUCCCUCCGAGAGGAACUGCUCCGCGCGCCCGGAGGGACAACUCCUUUACACUUGGCACUGCGGCUCCAUGUCAUGUUAAUGGAGCUGGUGUAUUUGCAUGGCGUUUUAACACCGUGGCUUCACAAAAGCGCGCCGGAGCGCCUUCCAGCCGGGGGCACAAAGGGGGACUCACGGGGGCCGCCGGCUGUGUGCGAUCCCCCGGCGGCGAUCCUGCCGCUCCCUCCUCCUCCUCCUCCCUUCAUCCUCUCCUCUCCAUCAUCAUCACGGUCACGCUCCUGUUAUACGUGUGGACACCACCUGACGGCCGCUCAGGAGAGCAACAUGCACUUCGAGAUUCUUACCUGGUCUGGCGGAGGAGACUGGUGCUACAGCAGCUACAAGCAGCAGCAGCAGGAGCAGUCCAGAAGGGCCCAGCUGGGAGAGGGUCCAGUACACAGGGCUGCUGCUACUUCUUCUCUCCAGAUAGUCCGUCCGUCCCUGAGGAAUGAGCUCCGAGAUGUUGACCAUCCAACACACAAACCCUCUCUCUGUGUGUGCGUGUGUGUGUGUAACACACUUUCAAGAACUGUGAAGAGCUGACUUACACAUCCCCUCUCAAGUUCAGCUGACAAUGCACAUCAGGGCAAACACCAAGCCACGAGGAAAAAGAACAGCCUGCAGAGCUCAGAGAUGGGAUUGUGCCGAGGCACAGAUUUGGGGAAGUGCUACAAAAAUGUACUCAAGAUGACGUUGGCCGGCUCCAUAUUUCUUCAAUGGAAGAAGUUUGGAAGGACCAAGAUUCUUGCUAGAGCCGGUAUCAUUUGAGUGGACGGCCUCCGCCCAGCGCAGGUCUCAGGAGACGUGAAAUUCAAUUAACCACGGGGGCAGAGGAAGAGGAGGGGGAGGAGGAGGAGGUGGUGGUGUGCACUGUUGAGGAGUUUCCCAGUCGUCAUGACGACCUCACACCCCACCAUCUCCAGAUCGGUCUUCCUGUUGCCACGGUGACCCAAUCCCGUUCCAUCUCCGCUCCUCUUAAUGAUCAGGAUAGGGCUGAUUAGGGAGAGCAACCCUGGAGCGCCGUCGCCCUUCCCUGAAAACCGCCGGUGGAUGGGACAGCGAUCACUCGCAGGGGCGAGGAUCUGAGGACAGGACGGUGCGACGUACUGGGAAUGCUGUGGGAGUAACGCCGGAGUGUUGCCUGGAAACAGCAGCAUGCCAGUACAGCAGAUAACUGUGGUGCCGGGCAGGGAGACAGCCAGCAAUGGCAAGAGUGCUCCUCGCUCCAAAGACAAAAACGAGGGAAGGAAAGCCCCUGGGCGCUCGGGGAGUCGAUCCAGCAACGUCUCCAAGGCCAGUAACUCUACUACAGGACAAACUACAGCCUCCAGGACAUCAAUCACCCCGUCUUCUCAGGACAUAUGCAGCUCCAACCAGUUGACGCGUUUAGAGGAGGAUGCUUCUGAAUCACUCAAACACAACGAGCACACGCACGCCUCCGAGAUGACCGUCACCAGUACAGCUCUGGGCUCGUCGGCGCAGGCCAAGAAGAAGUCGGUGAAGCGUCGCCACCGCCGCAAGAGGGGCAGCUGCAGCGCCUUCGACUGCGUGGAAACCAACGGCAAGCAGGAGCAGACAGACCGCAGCCUCAGCUCCGACCGCAGCGAGAGGGGGGAGAAGAGGGAGCGGUCCACUAAGAGCCGAAGGGAGCUCCCACCUCGGCUCCGCUGCACAGGUACCACGCAGUCCGGCUCCUCUUCUGAGGACGAGGUGUGGCGCGAGGCCCGCAGCUGGAGCAAAGAGAAAGCCCGAAGGGUGCGCCGCCGCAGCGGCAGCAGCCGCGAGAGGGAUGGGGCGAACAGGGGUAAAGAAGGCGAAGAAGACAAAGCAGAUGUCAUGGAGCUGCAGUCGGUGGGCUCCGAUGAAGGGACGGAGAACCAGCCUCUGGUGGAGGACGGCGGAGGCCUCAAGAGGCGAACCAGCAGCCGGAGCUCGCUGAAGAGAGAGGGCCACGUUUCACAGAGGGAAGGCUCACAAAGCAGGGAGAAGGACGGGAGCGACAAAUCACACAGCCAGGGAGGCAGCUCCUCACCGGAGGAGGACGGCGAAGAGCUCAUCACCAAGAGAUACCAAGAAAAGGGGUCAGGGGGCGGAGACAUGUCGGUGCCCACGCCACAGAAACACCUCGGCGUGAACGGAGGCAUGACGCGGCUCUGCUCUGAUGACUCGGAGUCGGAGGUCUGCAGGAUCUGCCACUGCGAGGGCGAUGACGAGUGCCCGCUGAUCACGCCGUGUCACUGCACAGGGAGCCUGAGUUUUGUCCACCAGGCUUGUCUCAACCAGUGGAUCAAAUCCUCCGACACUCGCUGCUGUGAACUCUGCAAGUUUGACUUCAUCAUGGAGACGCAGCUGAAACCUCUAUGCAAUUGGGAGCAACUACACAUGACGAAGGGUGAGAGGAGAAAGAUCCUCUGUUCAGUGUUGUUUCACCUGAUAGCGAUAGCGUGUAUGUUGUGGUCAGUCUACAUUCUGGUGAAGAGAACCGCUGAGGAGAUACGCCUUGGGAAGAACGAGGAGUUAUGGAGAGUUACUCUCCUGAAGUACUAUACGCCACAGGGUGUGCUGGAGUGGCCCUUCUGGACCAAGCUGAUCGUGGUGGCCAUAGGCUUCACGGGUGGCCUCAUCUUCAUGUACAUCCAGUGUAAAGUGUACCUGCAGCUGUGGCGCCGCCUCAAGGCCUUCAACCGCAUCAUCACCGUGCAGAACUGCCCCGAGAAAGGCCUGCACCGCUCGCAGGCCCGGGCCAACGGCAGGCUAGAAGCCGUGACGGUCCCAGUCCCGGCUCCACAGAUGGAUUCAGACAUGUCGGUGGAGGCUGCGGUGGCACCGGUCUGAGGGUGUGUGGGCAGGAAGAGAGUCCUGAAUCACACCGUGCUCCUACAACAGCACAAUUCCGGUGAUCGAGGUGUGACUCAGACUCGUACAGCGCGGCGAUGUUCACAGCUCCUGUGGUUACAGAUCUUUUGAGAAUCCACGCAGGUUUUAUUAAAAAGGAGCAGAUCCUGUUUUUCAGUAAACGCAAAAGACCGAACGGCUGCUUUAAAGUGAGUGUGUUCGCGGGGCUGCACAGAAAAGGGGAAGUGAGAUGUAAAGGAAAAUUAAGCCAUCAGCAAGGAAAGUGAGUAAAGGACUUGACACAAUUUUAUUCCUGUGUACACUUUUCAAUAACUGCACUGACUUGGUUUUAAGGUGUAAACACCUUGUAGAUGCUACUAACCAACGGUCUCGGUAUGCUUCAAACAAAUGAGUGAGUCUGCAGGAACACGUGUCUGGAGCCGUGCUGAAGGAAAGCCUGCUGUCAGAGAGAGGCGGGACACGGAAUCGUUCAAAUGCACAAAGCAGAGCUAUAAGAAAUAAUUUCAAACUCCUCCUCUGUCACAUCUGCCGAAUCUUGUCUGCGUUCGCAGGUUUGCUGGGGAAGACGUGUGUGCUGCAGUAACCGACUGACCCUCGUGUCACAUGGGCACAUAAAGUGUUGACCUUAAAUUAAAAUGAUCUGAUGCAGCCGCAGCCCAGGUCGCUUCAUAUCCGAGGUCUUAGUUUGAAGCAUACCGAGGUCUUCUCUCCCUUCGGACAAUCGGGUCGUCACACACACACCAAAGAGUCGGAUAAUAAUAAAUAGAGAAAGUAUUUAAAAAAUUAUCUUUAGCUCACUCUUGAUAUCUAAAAAUGUAAUGUUUUGAAAAGUUAUUUGCCAUCAAGGGAAAGUUAUGAGUAUUUCUUAAAAAUAGCAAAUCUCAAGUAGCCCAGUUGUUUGUGACGUUUUCUUCUGACAGUUUGCAGCUUCACGCGGUCCUGCUCGGCGACGUCUUUCAUUCAUACACAACUCAAGCUAUUCACGGUUGCCACUUGUUAAUGUUCGACUCUGGGUUUCAACAGUGUAUGUCUCAGUUUGAGCUGACACUGCGAGUAACAGAUGGACGCGUCAGUCCACUAAAGGCAAUUAUUGUUUACACUCGUCCACUUUUCUACAGGUUAAAUUUGGUUUUUUACCAGUGUCACUGUCAAGUCACGGAGAACACAAUGUUCUCUAUGUAUCAACCACAACAGUCGAGCAUUCAAAAUCUUUGUCAAAACAACUUUGUUUUUUUUAUUAUCUCUGACUGGAUAAAAUGGAUUGUUCAGGUAACAUGAUGCAUAUUUGUUUAUGUAAUAAACAAUGAAUGUAGAACCCCU